AUGUCUUCAAAACCAACUCCUAAGGAAUCAAGUGACCAUUUGGAGCAGCGCAAGACUCUGAUUGCGCUCGACACUGCCAUCGAGGCUCUUGGAGUCCAUACACAUGAGGCGUCGCAACUCGAUGAAUUGAACAUCAAGCGCCAGCCUAUGACUCUCAACACAAACUCAGACCUUAAGCCCCGCUUCUUUGCGCCGAAGCCAAACCUCCCUCAACCUACCGACGAACUGACCCAUGAACACCCCACCUCUCGAGCAUAUCACUUUGAAAAGGAUUGGAGUUCUUAUGCUUUAUCAGAGACAAAGUUCGCAUAUCAAAACGAGCUAUGGCGUUCGAUGAGUAUUUGCGAUUACAAUCCUUUCAAGCAUCUGUACAAGUAUGACAAGCCCGAUUUCGGCGUUUUCAGGACCAUGGACGUCCCCGGAGAAGAAUUCCCACAUAUGAAAGCAGUCAUAUACCACGGUUCGGAGACAGAGGGCAGAAGAUUGUGCCGUGGAGAGCUACUGAUUAUAGCCUUACGAACAAGCACGUCCAUGGUUUCCAAGGGCUUCGCGGAGUGGUAUCUCGGAGACUCAGAGGGAGACACGCUCUAG